AUGGAGUCAGGUCCUGGGUUCAUGGGAACCUGCUGGGAGCCUGGUGCUGUGGAUACUGUCUGGGACUGCAGGAGCUUGCAGUUCCACAGAAGAACUGGUUCUCUUUUGUGUGAAGGAUUACUGACCUCAGACAAGUUCAUCAGGGACAGGAGACAGAAACUGUACCAAAAAAAGCAAGCAAUUUGUGAUGACCGCUACGUUGCCAUCUGCCACCCACUGCUCUAUGACCAAAAGAUGACCAACAAGCUCUGUAAAGGACUAGUGUGGGGCUCAUGGGGCCUGGGGUUCCUGGAUGCAUUCGUCAACAUCCUACUAGCUAUGAGCUUGGACUUCUGUGGGGAUCAAUCCAUCCCCCACUAUAGCUGUGAGCUGCCUUCUCUCUUUCCCCUGUCCUGCUCUGAUGUCUCCACCAAUUUUACUGUUAUGCUCUGUUCCAGCCUCCUGCAUGCCCUUGUAACUUGUGUCCUAAUUGUUUUUUGCUAUACUCUCAUUGUCUCCACCAUCUUGAGUAUCACCUCCUCCUCAGGUAGAAGCAAGACCUUCUUCACCUGCUCCUACCACCUCUCUGCAGUGCUCCUGUUUUAUGGUUCAGCUUUCCUUCGUUAUUUCAUGCUAAACUCAGGUUCACCACUGGAAUUGAUCUCCUCUGUACAGUACAGUGUGGUCACUCCCUUAGUGAAUCCCCUCAUUUAUAGCUUGAAGAACAAUGAGGUGAAAGCAGCUGUGAGAAGGACCUUUAGAAAACAUGUCCAAUAUUUCAGGUAG